AAAGAUGACACUCAACGUUUGCUCAGGAGUUCAGAGCCCUCUGCACAGAGCCUGCGGGAUAUUGGCUCCCGGGCCAGGAGGCGCCAGAGAGAAAUGACAACUUCUAGAGAUGAGAAUGCUCCUGAGGUUUCUCCCUAUCUGGGAUCCUCUGCUGGCCAUGUAUUGCUUGGGCUUUGAAGCAACUGUCUCUGAAGGAAUCAAAGCAGGGAAGCAGCCUGUUUUCCCAAGUUUCCUGUGGUCUGUGCCUUCUUUCCUGUGGGAGAGCCUAGCCUGCAGACCCCAGACCUCAGAGCUUCAGGGAGGCUAUAGAGGUGAAGAAGGGGCCUUGCUGAGAUUCCAGGACCCUGGACCUCUGGACCUGUGGACCCAGGGGCUGCACUGCCUCCAUAAUGCUGUGUGCCUCUAGACCUCACUCUCAUGUCUCUGCUUCCCUGAGUGUCUCUGCAUAUGUCUCUCUGUGGAGAGCUUUUCUGCUCUUGUCCACCUGGGUGACUCUCUGGGUCCAUGGAACAAUGUAUAUGACAGGUUGUAGUUGUGUGGUAUCCCUCUGUCUUUCUGUUGUCCUUCAUCUCUCUUGGCUAUCUUGCUCCUCCCUACAUACCAUUGAAAUUCCACUCACAGACAGAAAAAUGUCCACGCAAAUGCUUGUACACAGAUGUCCAGCUCGGGCUAUAACAGCCAGACUGGAAACAACACAAAUGACCAUCAGCCAAGAAAUGCAUGGAGGACGGAAUGUGGUCUCUCAUUCAGGCACAGUGGGCUACACCUAUAAUCUUAACAGUGGUUGCUGAGGCAGGACGAUUGUGACUCUGAGACUGGCCUGGGCUACAUAAUGAAACCAAGACUCAAACAAAACAGAAACAGAGAAUCGUGUUCUACCCGUGCUGAAUAUUAUUGGGCAUGAGAAAGAAUACAGUGCUGACACACACUGUGGUCCUGGGCCAUUGUUACCCAAAGUGAAGAAAGCCAGCCAUGCACUGAGCCAGGCAUAGAAGAAUCCCAUGCACAGAAACUUGCAUGGACAGGAGGUAGCUGAGUGGUUGCCAGGGAAAGGUGGGGAGUUACUAGAGAGCACAGGGCUUCUGCUUCAAUGAGCCAUUCUGAAAUUGCCUAUGCCAUACUUCCAAUAUUGGGGAAAUAUUUGAAGCUGGUUGGUUGCAGAUUAUACAAGGGUGACUGUACAAGGUAUGAAUUCUAUACUGAUAAAAUUGUUUGGUUUUGUUUUUGUUUUUGUUUUUUAAGUCCUCACUCCCAUGUAAGGUGGCUCUGGAUCCCAUGGAAAUAGCAUCAGCCUUGGGGCCCAGGAUGGACCAAUCCCAGCUCUGCUAUACAUUUGCUGUGUAGUAUUGGGCAGGAAAUGUAACCUGUCUGAGCCUCAGGCCCUUCACUGUGGGAGUCACAGAAGUGCCCCCACUGGGUUCCCAGGAUUGUGCCAGCAUCCAUGUCUCAGAGGUACUUCAUCGGUGCACAGGGCACCCAGGGUGCACUGCUCCCUGCCUCAGUGCCUGGCAGGCACCCAGCACCAGGCUAAUGAUUGCCCAGAGCUGAGUUAAAUAUCCGCCUGUUCAGCCGUGUGUCUUACCUGGUAAACCCAGCUACCGUGUCUGUGCACAGAGAACCUCAGCCUAGUGAUCUGUCCUGCUGCACCCUAGAUGAACUCUGUUUAAUGAAUAGCUCUCAUUGGUUAAAGCACACAGAAACUUCCAGAAGGUUUCCGGGGCCUGCUGCUCCACAGUGUGCACCUUCUGUUUUACCUUGGCUAAUGACAAGGAGGGAUGCAGGCUGUGGAGGUGAAUGUGCAGGGCUGAAAAGAAGGCCUUAGGGCCAGUGGGGGAAACAGCUUCUCUUUCUCCUCAGUGACACCUUCACCAGUUUUCUGAACAACUGCCCUGUUUGGGCUGAUGUUCUACCUUGUAACUGUGCAUGGCAACCCAGUUUCUGGAUCAGUGUACCUCCUGAUGGGAAACAUAAGAUUUGGAGCAUUUAGCUUCAGAGAGGAGAGCUGUGAAAAGCUGAAGUCUCUGUAUCCUGUCCAGUGGCAGGAGCUGCCUGCCCUUGCCUCCACAUGCCCAGGACUCUAGUGUCCUCCGUCUCCCAGCCAAAGCAAGGCAGGUCCCCUGUGGGACACAGGUGGUCACACAGGCAUCAUCGCAGGUAGAGCUUCACACAGCCAGGGCUAGGCCCAGCACUCCCACCCAGGCUUUUCAGUCAUGCCUGCCUCCACAGGCGCUCCAACUCUACCUGCCGCCACAGAAGGCAUGCAUGGUCCUCUCUCUGUCUUUCACACUGACCCAGUGUGUGUUUGCCCUCUACUGAAUGGAGAAACCUCACCUUCCCCUCAUUUCUCCCCCUUUCCUCUCCUUUCCCUCCACCUCUGCUAUAUGACACUUUGAACUGCAAAGGGCCACCGACCCGGUGCUGUAUUUUAUAAUCCCAGCUGCUCGGAGGAUGAGGAAGAUCAUAAGUUCAAGGCUGGCCUGGGCCACAGAGUCAAUUCAAGGCCAGCCUGCACAACUGAGUGAAACCGUCAGAAGAGGUGCAGAGUAUGCCUGGGAGUGUGAGCCUUCCUUGAGUGGCAACAUCACAGCGUUUGCGCUGAAAGCCAGGGUUGUCUACCCCAUCAACCAGAAGUUCCGGCCUCUGGCUGACGGAUCCUCCCACCCUUCGCUACAUGAAAACCUGACACAGGCAGCCGCCAUCCUGCCCCACCUGCCCCAUCAGCCAGCAGAGGCCUCACCAGUCAGCAGCCUGGGCAGCCUGAGCCAGGCUGGCAAGGAGGAUGGUAGCUCCUCCUCUAGCAUGCCCUCAGCCUACAGUGAUGACAGGAUCCUCCGAUACGCCUUCCUCCGGGUGGGCAGCUUCCCUGAGGUUCUGGCCUGUGAGAGUGCGGAUAUUGACCUAUGUGUCUGCAGCCUUCACCUGAAAGACCUGCUUCAGGUAGACACAGCGCUAAGGCAAGAGAAGCACCUGAUGUUCAUUCAGAUUCUCAAAGCAUGCCUCAUGGACUUUUUUCCUAAAAAGAAGCCUGAUGAUGAAUUAUACCAGAAGAUUCUUUCCAAACAAGAGCAUGAUUUGGAGGAAUUAGAAAAGGGACUUCAGGCCAGAUUGGUGAACACGGAAAUGUUGGGCACUGGUGACCCUGGCUACAUUUCCCUGGCAGAUGUGGAGAGGAAGGAGAGAGAGCUCUCGGAGCAGCUCAUAGACAAUAUGGGAGCUUUCUGGAAGCAGAUGGACAGCAUCCAGCCCAUUCUCAUGGAUCAGUUUAAAUGCUCCAGCUCCAAGGCACGACAGUUCAUGAUGGCUCUGACAGGAAGAAUGAUUGCUGCGGAAGGGCUGCUGCAUGACUCUCAGGACCUGCAGGCCCUGGAUGCCCUGGAGACAGCAAUGGGUCGGGCUCACAUGGCAAGAUUAGUAGAGUUCCUGAGGACCCAGAUCCAGGAGGAGACGAAGUGCCGGCUGGCUGCCAUCUCCCGUGGCCUGGAGCUGCUGACUGUCCAGGGUCAGCUGUCUGGGAGGCAGAAGGAGGAACUUCUGACCCAACAGCACAAGGCCUUCUGGGAGGAGGCAGAGAGCUUUGGCAGGGAAUUCAUGCAGCGGGGCAAAGACCUGGUCCAGACAUCUCUGGCUCGCCAGGCGGAGAUGAGGGCAGAGCUCACACAUGCCCAGGAAGAAAAACAGAGAAGUUUCCUGGCUGAUUCCCAGCUGACCCCAGACCUGGGGGAGUUCCUCAAGGCUUUUCAUGAGGUCCUGGAGAGGCAGCGGCUGGCACGGAGUGACCAGGAGGAGGAAGAGGACAUCAGGAUCACUGAGGCCAUGGCUGCACUCUGCCAGGAGCUGUACUGUGGCACCAUGGAAACUUUCCAAAAGUUUGUGGACACCCUGUUUCUGAAGACUCUCCCAGAAGUGAGCGGCCUCCCUGUGGCAGAAUGUGAGUCCCUGCGGCAACAGGUCCAGGAGCAGGCAGCGAGACAGCUGGGGCAGGCAGACCGAUUCCGCAGACAGCAGUGGGGACUCCUGUGUGACCUGUUGGAGCAGGACAGGCGAGUGUGGCUAGAGGAGUGUGCUUUGUCUAUGGCGCUGCAGAGGCAACUGCGGGAGCACCACGAGAGCACCAUCCACGGGGUCCUGAGCCGAUUCAGUGGCCUCUCCGAAGAGUCCACACAAGGCAUCCUUCAGGGCCACGAGCUGCUGCUGUGCUCUGCCCUGCGCAGACUGGCCCUCCGAGGCACCACCAUCACUGCCCUGGCACAGAUGAGGCUGUCUGGGAAGAAGAGGCUCCUGCAGGAGCUGCGUGAGCAGCUGGCUCUAGAGCAGGGCGCAUCCCCGUGCCUGGAGGAGCAUCAGUGGCAGCUACUUAACGCCCUGGAGGCGCGGAUCCUGGAGGAAUCUGCCAGGCUGGAGGAUGAGGCUCAGCAGACCGGCCUGCGGCUCCAGCAGCAGCUGCUGGCAGAGGCACAGGAGGCAGGGCAGCUGCUACAGCUGCACUCAGAGAGAGCCAUUGGGCAGGCGCUACUGGUGCACGCCCGGAAUGUGGCCAGCAAGGUCAGGACGAGGGACAAGGAAGACUUCAAGAGGACGCUGGUGGAGACGGUGGUGGAGAGUGUGUACGUGACCAGCACCGGCGUCAGCCGCCUCGUGCAGGCGUAUUACCAGGGCAUCGGGAAGCUCCUGCAGACCCACAAAAAACAGCUGCUACAGCGCCUCAAGACCCUGCAGGGUGAGAGAAUCAAUGCUUACAAACUGUGGAAGAAGCGAGAAUUCGGUGACCUGCCGUCGGGGAGCCAAACAGCAGAUGGUUCCCGAGGAGCUUCCCAAGCGGUACAGCAGAGGAUGCUGUCACAGCAGAAGAAACUCCGGGGCCAGUUCACACAGCACCAACAGGGCCGCCUGAACUCUCAGAGGCAGAAGGCACAAGAGCUCGACCACCUGGAAGCCCAGCUUGAUAAUCAGCUACAGGAAGCUGAGCAGACCUUUAUCUCAGAGCUAGCGACACUGGCCCGAGUGCCCCUUACUGAAAACAAGCCAUUCUCCAACAAGCGAGGACUGCCAGAGAAACCAGUAAGGACCAAAAGGAAAAAGCCCCCACCUCAAGAGAGAGAGGACCUGGGACUGCCCAAUGAUGACCACCCUGCCUUGGCGGACCACACCACAGGACCACUCAGCAGCAGAAGGCUGGGCCAGCAGGACAGUGAAGCUGGCAAUGGAGAAAACCCAAGGAAGAUGCUGCAGAAGAGAAGCAAUCUGUAGCUGGGGUCCUGCUGAGAGGAACCUGCCGUGCACCUCACUUCCUCUGUGUGAUUUAGGGGCUGGAGUCUUGAGAGAGGGGAUGCCACCUGCCUUAGAAAGUAAAAAUGGCAUGAGAGUAGCACCAAGUGCCUGGGAUAAUUGGAGAUGAGGGGGACAUGCCCUUGAGAACACACCACCUCAGCUCCACCCUGGUGCACUCACCCUGGUCUCUUUCUCCCUUAGGAGGGCCUGCUACUCCUGCCCUCCAGCCUCACACAGUGUCCUGGUGCUGCCCAAUGGUCUGGGUAGAGACUGGAGGUGUCCGAUUCCCAGCAUCUCCAUGAUGUCCUGCCUGUCAGGGUCUCAGCAUCACUGCUUGUUUACUGGGCCUGAGGCCACUGUGUCGCCUCCAUUGUACCACAGCCAUCUCCUGCCCCUGGUGUCCCAACCAGGACCGACUUUUGGCCUUGGUCUUUCUAUCUUUUUGCUCAGGUAGCCCUGGGGCCUGGUCACCCAAAGAUGUCUGAGUCUCAAAAACAAUGUUCUUGGCAUAGCCAUAGACUUCCAAAUGCACGGGUCAGUUCUAAACCACUUGGAGCAUGGGGACCACACAUGCCUGUCAUGUAUCACAAGAGCUCCCCCAUGGGCAUGGAGGACAGAGAAGGAGGCAGUCCCGACCUUUACCCUUCACUGAUGAGGGGACACUUUCCACCAGCCAGUAGUCCCUCUCCCGAGGAGAAGCCUACAGGUCACCUGCUCCUCCUGAGGGAUGGUGAGGCAGUUUCAAACCAGCCACACUUGCCUCUCAGGCCAGGGGCCCUUCCCAUCCAGGGGGCAAUCUCUUCCAUCUCCAGUCAUCACUGUCAACAUUUUGGAGACGACCAUUCUUUGUUCGCGUAUGAAAGCUGCAGAUGCCAAAAAUGAAGUAUCUUCUGUCAGACCCAGACCCAUGUGGGGCCAGGAGGUUGCAGGUGGCACACACUGGUGCAGUUGAGAUUAGAACUGUCACUCAGUGGAAACACAGCUUCAAGAUUGCCUGGAUAGAGGACCCUACCCCAGGAGAUGUUGCUGUUGCAGGAACGUGGGGACCCAGGCUGUCCUGUACAUUGCAGGACAAUGGACAGCAACCCUGGGCUCUGCUCAUUAGGUGCCAACUGGACCCAGCCAUUCAUCUCUGGUCUUUCUCAGUGAUAGGUCGGUCAGUUUGCGCCUCCCCCGGUCAAGCCCAGCACUGCAUAGCCCCACGUUAGCAUGAAUUUCUAGAACAUACAUGGUUUCUGUGAUUCAGGAGUCCCUCUCUGUAAUCCUCUGAACUUUCUGGGAAAUUUAGGUUCUUAUAAUAAAAACUAAAACUGGCUAAUUAGAAA